UUUCUCUAUUUUUUCAAAAUUUGAAAAAAAAAACAAACGUUCCCCGAUUUUCAUCCUUUGUGUUCUCCACCGGAGCCUUUCCGCCGCAAUUCCGCCGCCUUCGCCGCUUCAGCUGCAUCGGUUUAUGCAAAAUUUCCCUCUACUCUUCUUAUUCUAAUAAGGUUCUCGAGGUCAUUGAUCGAAGUACAAUUUCAUCAGCCGAUUAGCCUAAAUGUCUCUAUUAAGUAGGUUCUUUUACAAGAGACCACCAGAUGGGUUGCUUGAAUUUGCUGAUAGAGUUUAUGUUUUUGAUUCAUGUUUUUGCACUGAGGUGUUGGCGGAUGGGUUGUAUCAGAUCUUCCUGCAUGAAGUCAUCAACGAUUUACACGAAGAGUUCCCGGAAUCGUCUUUUCUAGCAUUCAAUUUUCGAGAAGGGGAGGAAAAGAGUGUCUUUGCUGAAACUCUAUGUGAAUAUGAUGUUACGGUUCUUGAGUACCCGAGGCAGUAUGAAGGCUGCCCUUUGCUCCCUUUGUCAUUGAUUCAGCAUUUUCUCCGUGUCUGUGAGAGUUGGCUUGCUCGUGGGAACCGUCAGGAUGUGAUUCUUCUUCACUGCGAAAGAGGAGGCUGGCCACUUUUGGCUUUUAUUCUGGCUAGUUUUCUGAUUUUCAGGAAAGUUCACAGUGGUGAGCGCAGAACUCUUGAGAUUGUGCAUCGAGAGGCUCCCAAGGGUCUCUUGCAGCUGCUCUCGCCGUUAAAUCCGUUCCCGUCUCAACUGCGUUAUCUUCAGUAUGUAGCAAGGAGAAACAUAAAUCCUGAGUGGCCACCUCCUGAAAGAGCUCUUUCCUUGGAUUGCAUUAUUAUUCGAGCUAUUCCAAACUUUGACUCUCAACAUGGCUGCAGACCAAUUAUACGUAUUUUUGGAAGAAACUAUAGUAGCACAGCUGGUCUUUCCACGGAGAUGGUGUAUUCUAUGUCCGAUAAGAAAAAACCCCUUCGCCAUUACCGACAGGCAGAAUGUGACGUUAUCAAGAUUGACAUCCAGUGCUGGGUUCAAGGAGAUGUUGUACUGGAGUGUGUGCAUAUGGAUUUAGAUCCAGAACGAGAGGUUAUGAUGUUUCGUGUGAUGUUCAAUACUGCAUUUAUCAGGUCCAACAUACUAAUGUUGAACUCUGACAACUUGGAUAUUCUUUGGGAGGCCAAGGAUCAUUACCCAAAAGGAUUUCGAGCAGAGGUCUUGUUUGGAGAAGUUGAGAACGCUGCGCCUCAGAAAGUUCCAACCCCGAUAGUAAAUGGUGAUGAGACUGGUGGAUUGCCCAUUGAAGCCUUUUCUAGAGUUCAAGAACUUUUUAGCGGUGUGGAUUUGGCUGAGAAUGGAGAUGAUGCUGCGUUGUGGUUGCUGAAACAACUUGCUGCCAUAAAUGAUGCGAAAGAGUUUACAAGAUUUCCUCCUCCUCCUCCCCCACCACCUCCUUUUAGAAGCAUUCCUCCACCCUCAUCUCAACCACCACCGCCGCCACCUUCGUUUGGGAGCACGGGAAAUAAAUUUCAGGCCCAACCACCUCCACCUCCACCUCCUCCUCCAGUUCAAGCAACUCCUGCUGUUAAAUAUGCACCGCCACCACCACCACCACCUCCUCCAAUUCAAGCAACUCCUGCUGUUAAAUAUGCACCGCCACCGCCACCACCACCUCCUCCCCCUAAGGCUAAUAUUUCAAAUGCCCCUAAGCCACCACCUCCUCCGCCACUUCCUCCUUCAUCUAUAAAGUUGGGUGCUCCCCCUCCCCCUCCACCACCACCACUAUCCAAGACCCCCGCUCCGCCUCCACCUCCGCCACCACCACUAUCGAAGACCUCUGCUCCGCCUCCACCUCCACCACCACCACUAUCCAAGACUCCUGCUCCGCCUCCACCACCUCUAUCCAAGACCCCUGCUCCUCCUCCUCCACCAGGGCUGGGUCGUGGUACAGGUAGUGGCCCACCACCACUGGGUGCAAAAGGUUCAACUGCACCACCACCACCUCCUUCUGCAGGAAGGGGCAGAGCUUCUUCAGGACUUGGAAGAGGCCGAGGCGUGAGUGUUCCUAUUGCUGUACCUAAGAAAACCGUGCUAAAACCUUUGCAUUGGUCUAAGGUUACUCGGCCAGCAAAAGGUAGUUUGUGGGCUGAUACUCAGAAACAAGAAAAUCAACAACGGGCCCCUGAAAUAGAUAUAUCAGAGCUCGAGAGUCUGUUUUCUGCAGUUUCAGAUACCACUGCUAAGAAAAACACAGGUCGCCGGGGUUCUAGUAUCAGCAAACCCGAGAAAGUUCAACUUGUUGACCUGCGAAGAGCAAAUAACUGUGAAAUAAUGCUUACGAAAAUAAAGAUUCCUCUACCAGAUAUGCUUAGUGCAGUUCUAGCCUUAGAUUCAUCAGCUCUGGACAUCGACCAAGUUGAAAAUCUCAUCAAAUUUUGCCCGACCAAGGAGGAAAUGGAAAUGUUAAGGAAUUAUACUGGUGACAAGGAAAUGCUCGGAAAGUGUGAACAGUUUUUCAUGGAACUAAUGAAGGUUCCACGUAUUGAAGCUAAGUUACGAGUGUUUGGCUUUAAGAUUACCUUUGCUUCUCAGGUUGACGAGUUAAAAAGCUGCCUAAAUAUAAUAAACGCUGCUACUAAAGAGGUGAAGGAGUCUGCAAAGUUGCGUCAAAUUAUGCAAACAAUUUUAACACUGGGAAAUGCUCUAAAUCAGGGAACUGCGAGAGGGUCUGCUGUGGGGUUCAAACUGGACAGUCUUCUUAAAUUAUCUGAUACUCGUGCUAAAAAUAACAAAAUGACUUUGAUGCAUUACUUAUGCAAGCUUGUUGGUGAAAAAAUGCCAGAACUGCUGGAUUUUGCUAAUGACCUUGUUCACUUAGAAGCGGCAUCGAAGAUUGAAUUGAAAACGUUGGCUGAAGAAAUGCAAGCAGCGACUAAAGGCCUUGAAAAGGUUGAGCAAGAACUCAUGGCUUCAGAAAAUGAUGGUGCCAUUUCUUUGGGCUUCCGGAAGGUCUUGAAGGAUUUUCUUGAUACCGCUGAUGAGGAAGUGAAGACGCUUGCUUCGCUAUAUUCAGAAGUGGGAAGAAAUGCAGAUUCUUUGUCUCACUACUUCGGUGAGGAUCCAGCUAGAUGUCCUUUUGAGCAAGUGACCAAGAUUCUGACUCUUUUCAUGAAGACGUUCAUCAAAUCUCGAGAGGAGAAUGAAAAACAAGCCGAGGCUGAUAAGAAGAAACUGGAGAAAGAAGCAAUAAAGGAUAAGUCAGCAACAAAGAAAGAUGGCGCUGAUAACGAUAACGAUCUUAUCCAGCAGAUCCAUAGACAUAGAACAUGAAACAAACAUUGGUCUUUAACUGAAGACCCGAAGAUUUCGGAUCGCUAAAAGCUUUUCUUUAUAGGAGUCAAUGUUGCACAUACGGAACGAGAGACGAAGUAGUCAAUUUCGAUGAUGUUAGAUGGAAGUGGUUUUUUUUAUCUCUGAUCACUUCAUUGAUGUAAAAAUCAGAGGUUCGUGUUUAUGUCUUAGAAACUAUUUGAACUUUUGUAGAACCCAAAAGUUAUAUUAUCAUCACUGUGCAGAGAAAAACAUUUUUCUUUUCCAAAGAAUAAUAAAUGUUUACUUUUUA